AUGGAUGCGGCGCCGCUACCUGCGGGAAGCGACGUGCAGCGCCGCACGCUAUGGCGCGGCAUACUUGUACUGCAGGACGGCACAAAUAUACCCGGAACUUCGAUAGUGACGACAAUGCGGCCAUGGGACAAACACAAUGACCCCGAGUGGCAGGCAGAUGCAGAGCUUUGCCUUGCGCUUGAAAUGGUGCGGCAUCAUGCGCUCUGCGUGCGUUUUGUAGAAGUGCGUGCGGAUGGAGAGCAUGCACAUAUACAUGGCGCGUUGCCCGAGACUGGAGCGCAGUUUGCGUCGAGCGGCACGAUCCAGAUUGCGUUGGAGCAUGCUCAGCCCAUCACGACGGCCUACUUUGCGCGCAUAUUCGGAAAUGGGCCAGUGGAUGCCGAAGGACAGACUUGCGCUGCGCUACAUGUGGUGUACGAUCCGAAUGUAACGGAGCAUUCGCUUGUGGACAAGCCCGGCGCCGUCAGUAGCCCGGGUGUGCUGGAGUUUGUCGUGUUUGCUAGGCGUACGGAGGAAAGCGGUAUGCUUGAGGUUAUUGUUGGGCGCCGCAUCGCGUGUGCACGCACGACACGCAGCACAAGCCGUGCCGAGGACUCGCUCCCACACCCGCACCCGCUUCCGCGCCCCGACGACCCACUUCCCCGCGCGUGGGAAUCGAGCGACGGAGAACACGUCGGCGAGCUGGAGACGCGCACGACCGCGCUUGAUGCGCGUGUGCGCAAGCGUGGAAGAGUUGAUCCGCACGCAUGGGUGCGUACCGCAUAUACCCCUGGCCGCCGUGGCGAGAAACGCGCGCGGCGAGAUGCUCCCGCCGCGCCGCCCCCUCUGAAAGCCCCGGCGUACACGCCGAUUUCUACCCUACUAUCCACCGUGCCACCACAAGCGCAUGUAGACCCCAACGUCGAGCAGGCGAACCGCGCCCUGAUCAAGCGCCUCGUGCGCUACCAACUGACGGGCCGCGGCAUGGAACGCGCCGAGCGCCAUUACGAAGCGUGCUUUCAAGCAGCUUAUUUCGGGACUUGCGUAGUAUUCCGCCACACGAUCGCGGCGUGUCCUCUUGAGCGCCGCGCCACCGCGCAUGUCGUCGCGGCGCAUCUUGGCAUGUACGCCGACCCCACACAGCUCGUGCUCUGUGCGCCCAGUAGUCUUAGUCAGCAAAAGUGA